CAUUUCAGUUGUGAACGCAACAAGUUUUCGAAAAAUGUUGGCACAGGAAAUAUGUUCAAUUUUGUUGCUUUCCAUUGUGGCAACAAUUUCCGCCCAGUCCCGCAUUUUGGGCGGAGAAGAGAUAACCGUUGACAAGGCACCCUACGUUGUUCAGUUACACCACAAGAGAGAUGGCUUCUUUUGUGGGGGAGCAUUAGUUGCACCUCGUUAUGUGGUGACUGCAGCCCAUUGCCUGGAGGGUUAUCAAUUGACCGAUAUUCGGGUGGUGGCUGGUGCGACAUCUCUCGGUGAUGAGGGAGUUCAGAGUCGUGUGGAAGAUGGCUUUAUGCCUGCGGAAUAUGAUGUGGAUACUGUGGACAUGGAUGUGGCAGUUCUAAAAUUGGCGGAAGAAUUAAGGGGAGGUGUUGUUAAAACAAUCGGCCUAUGUAGUGAACCUUUGGAACCCGGCAAUCUUUUACAAAUUUCCGGCUGGGGACGUGUUACCGAAAAUGGAGAUCUGUCAAAGAAUUUGCGUACAGUACGUGUACCUCUGCUACCUCGGGAGGAGUGUGUUUUGCGCUACAAGCGUCUCGGAGAAAAUCUUACCAAAUCCAUGAUGUGUGCCUACAUUGAGAAUAAAGAUGCUUGUACUUCCGAUUCGGGUGGACCUGCAGUAUUUGGUGGCGAACUAUGUGGCAUUGUGUCGUGGAGUUUUGGUUGCGGUCAUCGUCGGGCUCCGGGGAUUUAUACUGAUAUCAAUGAAGUGAAGUGGUUCAUUGAACAGGUUAUGGAAUCUUAGAAGCGGAAAAGGAAAGGAGAAGUUUUAAAUAAAUAAUGGAAUGUAACAAUAA